AUGACUGAUAUCCACUCGGGGCUCCAUGUGGGCCAGCGCUUCUCCUCGCUGGAGGAGUUCAAAACAGUGAUACGGAGCAUAUCUGUCAGACAACACUGGGAGCUUCGUGUAUCUAGAAGCAACAAGAAGAGCGUGGUCAUCGGUUGUCGAUCAUCGGCCAAUUGCUUCUUCCGGGUUGUUUGUCGUUCCAACAAGAACGCGACCUACAUCACCAGUCUCCAGGAUAGCCAUAGCUGUCCUCGCGGUGCAGAGUCUCCUUCGGCUACACCUGCUCGCUCUGAAGCUUCUCACGUGCGGUUCUUACUGAGUGAGAUCCCUAAGUUGUUCGACAUGAAAUCGAAGAUCAAGGCUCAAGAUGUCGUGGACGCUGUGAAACGCUACCAUGGAUAUGACAUCUCGAUGCGCCAGGCACAGCGAACACUCACCAAGCUUCAGCCACGCCAUACAGAUAGCCAGGGUGAGCAGUCGCUUGAUCUUGACAUGAGUGCUGGAGAACAGCAGUCGCCGGAGCAAUCUCCGUCGGAAUCUCAAGGCGAAGUGGCACAAGCCCUCAGGGAGAUGUCUGAGAAUCGGUGGCUCCCAGAUAAUCUCCCUUCACUGAUGGAUGAUGAACACAUUCAACCGAAUGAAGGCCCAAGCAAUAGCUUACCUGCUCCACCGUCUGGCCAACAAGCUCUGCCAGCUCCACCCCAGGUGCAACAUCCUCAUAUGCCCAACCCGUCGUUACUCCGCCAAAAUACACACCCGCUGGAUCUCUCACAGCCAGGAGCCGAAUACCAAACCACUGCCUCCAUGCCAGUAGCAGUAGCGGGACAACCGAAAGACCAGCCCUACACCCAGCGUAAUGACCACACGGGAAUCCCCCAGAUGAUUCUUACGAACUUCAAAAUUGAGUUUACCUGCACGACGUGCGGGUCCCUCAAUCAAAGCUUCUUCCCAAAUCAGGGCAACGUUACUGGUGCCAACUAUAUGCCUCACCACGCUGUACCAACACCCAGUCACGUCACGCGACAUCCUGUGCCAGCUCCCCAGAACGGAGUAGGUAAUAAUAACAACACAGUCGGUGAAGAUGCAGGGUAUAAUGUCAACGCCGCUACUACACCGACUAUGCAGAAUGCCUGGGCUGCUGGUGGCCUAGGAGUUCCCAUUGGACCGGCGCACACCUAA